GCCUUGUACUUCUCGGCACCCCAACGUCUUCUGCGAAGCGCGCGACCUCUUGGUGAAUGGAGCUGGCCUGGCCUUCGCUACCCGUGGAGUGGGUGUCAAUGAGCUGGAGGUUGCCAAGUGCGAGGACGGAAACCCCAAAAUCUGGAAGACUCCUGAUCACUCCCCUGCUGGCAUGCACAUGCCGGUAGACUGUGGCGUUCCGUAUCCCAUCUGGCGCGGUGUGGGCCAGCAGUGUGGCUUCUGUCGAGUUCAAGUCCACUGGAAGGCAUCAGACUCCUACAGAUCCUGCGACGGCUACUGCAAAGCGCAAGGUGGAAUUGCAUGCGAGAAGGCCUUCAUUGGCAGUGCUGGGGACUGCGAUACCCGGUCCACGAUCAAAUGCUCCGACUCGAUUGUCAAUGUUGAUGCGAUGUGCCAGUGUGCGGCACCGAAGGUGAAGGAGUCAGCCGCCAAUCUUAAGUAUGCUGCGGCUCUUCCGCGCCCUGCCGAGGCGGACAUGCAAUGCCUUGAGGAGGUUGAUAGUGGCUGCGGAUCACUCAAGGACAAGAAGUCAUGCUUGGGAAGCCGAGAUGGUGGUAUGGAAUCGCUGCGUGGUCUUCAAGUCUACGGGGAGCCUUGCGUUUGGUGCGGCGGAGGGUUGUGCACCGACCAUAGCUCCUCUCUUUGCGUCGCCUACGACUUUGUGGCGAAUGGUCUGGGCUUGGCCUUUGGCGCUCGGGCUCCUGCCGCAGUGUCAGAGGUUGCGAGUUGCACCAAGCAGGCCCACGAUGAAAUGCUGGGAGCGGCUGCGCCACCCGUGCCAGCAAUGGCAAAGGCUGGCACACAGUCCCAGUCCGAGUCCCCAGUGGGUCCAGAGGCGGUGUGCGGCGUGCAUCCCAAGUGCUCCAAGCUGGACGGUUACUGCUGCCCGAAUUCUGCUGGGGUCUUCCUCGACUGCUGCAACUCGAAUGGGCCAAUGGCAAUAGCAGAUCAGGCAACACUGCAGGCUCAGCUGCCUGCCACUGCCGUUCAUGUGGUUGUCCCCAAGGUUGCCGCACCGGUGGUGGUUGCGCCGCAGGAGCUUCCCAAACUGAAAUACAUGGACCAUGUGCCGGACCCAGUUCCGCCCAAAGUACCAGAGCCAAUCCUUGGCGUCGGUACCUGGAAGCCGCCUCGCCCCGACCAGGCAGACCUUGGUUGCAUGCUGGAGGAGCCGAAGGGAUGUGGCAGCUUGGACGACCGCAACGCUGUCUUUGAUGACCUGCAAUGCCUGAAGCGCUCCGAAAUCGGAUGCAACAACAUCAAGGACAAGAAUCAGUGCCUGUCCAGCAUGGACGCGCGCCCCUUUGAUGAGGUGGCUGGCUUCAAGGCAAGAAACCAGCCCUGCGUUUGGUGUGGUGGUGGGAGCUGCCACUCCAACAAUGCCAAUGCGUGUGAGCCCUAUGACUUUGUGAUGAACGGCGCAGGCACGGAGAACCAGCACACAACAUGCUUCCACUUUGCUGCAGCAUAG